AUGGCACGUACGGUGGUUUUCCCCCCGUAAACACCAUUUGUUCCCUUAGCGGCGUCGUAAUAAAAACUCUACAGAGCUUAUGUUUGUUGUUGACAAUUGUACACGACGUUAAAUAAAGAUUAUUUUUAUUAUUAAAUUCAACGUCAUUAAUAAAUUGUCAAAACUGAUUGUGACCUAACUCAUAAAACUUUUACUUGUUACAUCUCUCUUUUCAUUUGAGCCUGUUGGAAUGCGGUCAGCACCGAUCUUCCAGGAGUGGACCUUCGGGGUGUUCUUUCCACUGGUGCCAGGCUGUAAUGAGGAAGGUGGUGAACCUCGGACUAAGGACAACGUAUAUGAAACGUGAAGGUGUUUACUGCUUCACCAGGAAGCUCCUGGCACUUCCCUUCCUGCCUGCCACCGAGAUCGAGCCAGCCUUCGCCCGGAUGUUAGCCUUAGCAUCUACUCCAGAGCUGCGACAGUUGGUAGAGUAUCUGCACCGGGUCUGGUUCCACGUACAGCUCAGUUUGGACUCCAGCCAACUGGUGUAUGUAUCGUCAGUCAGUUCGCACCAUAAGAAUUUUAAAACUGGUGCAACAAUUAAGGAUGGCACCGCAGGAUGAAUGGUAAAGCCGGCCGACCAAACCUCCCCUUCUACCUCCUGGUCCCUCUCAUGAAGAAGGAAGGAGAGAUCGUCAAUCUCCAGAGCAGGGGAAGAUAUUUGACCUGUGGGACCAGCUCGACUCUCGGGAUCCGGACAGUCGCCUGACAACAUCGGACUUUCUGAGGAAGGUUGGCGCCAUCUACGCAACCAGAGAGUGAUACAGUCAUAGAAAAAUUAUUUCGGACAAGGACAGACAAUAUUUAUUGGUGACCUAUAGAUAUUAUAAAAACAAUUGUGUUUUCUGAUUGUAAUAGGACAACUAGUGUUGAAUAAUGAAAUAGUGCGGUGAAUAGGAUUUAUAAUUGAAGUUCGAGGAAUUUGGCAAUUAGAUCUACACAGAUAAAAAGAAAAUACUACUACAGCAACAUUUUAAAAUAUCGUAUAAUGGUUUACCUGUUUUUUCGAGAAAUUAUUUGACGAAGAA